AUGAGACACUGGCCGUUCAAGGUUGUUCACGGUCCUGGAGACAAACUGAUGAUCGUCGUCUCUUACAAGAGAGAAGAGAAGCAGUUCUCUCCCGAGGUGAUAUCUUCGAUGGUGUUUCAAUCACUCACAUCCUCUUUAGGUAAUCUAACAAUAAAGGCUACAUACUUUGAUUAUUCCCAUGUCAAUUGCAGAAAGUCCCCUAGAAGUUACGGUCGCUUUACUGUGGAGGAACGGCCUGGAGAGCGGUUGAUUAGCUUGAAAAGGAAGUUUGGGGAUAAAGAAGACAUUAAAGUGGAGGCAACAUUAUUUAAUAGAUCAGUUCUGAGUUCAAAGUACACCAUCACUGAACCUGAGUUUGUUCUUCACAUCACCUUCGUUGUCAACAUCUCCAAGAGUGGUGCUGGUGAAGAUUUGGAGAUUAUGUGUUCUGCUUGGCCUGAUAAAAUUGGGAUAUCCAAGCUCUGUGUUUGUAAAGGGAUUAACAGUUCACCUUCUUUCUACGGUGGACCAGAGUUUGAGUGUGCUGACAACUUGAUUCUUUAUCUUGAACAUUAA